AUGGUCAAUAAUCCAUCACCGUCAUCGUCUCCUCCGAGACUAUCGCGGAAUCGCAGGUCCCGGGGUAGGGGUCUAAGGACGACGUCGGGAUGUACAACAUGUCGCAAGCGACAUCUGAAAUGCGAUGAGCUAAAACCGAUCUGUGGAUUGUGUAAGAAAGCAAAGAAGACAUGUUCAUAUACACAGCAACAAACGCCUGAAACUCCGUCGACUGGCACGCGGAGCCGACAAGAAAAGCGCACAGAGAGCCUCUCCCACGAAGAUGAAGAGAAUGCUACCUGCACACCGGCACAACUACACGAGGAUGUGCAACAGCAUUCACUUCACCUCGAUGGAGAUAUUGCUAACAUAACACAAACGAGUCCACCUUCGCAUGAUCUGGAACCACCGCAUUACGAAACUCCUCAUAUUCUCUCAUGGGAAUAUAUUACCGCCGAUGAUAACGGGGCAGUAAUCCGCAAGGAUACCUCGCCGCAGCAGCAAGAACAUCAUCAACAACAUCACCCACAACAAUCGCUAGACCAGUUAGCGGCAAUUGUUGCCGCAGACCGCGAUAACUCAUCAACUUCCUCCAUCCUACAUAAUAACAAUUUUCCCACGAAUACUGCACAGUCUCUCAGCGCUUCGGUGUCAGUCACAUCGCCCGGUCCAACCGUAAAUGCUGCUACCAUCCGCUGGUUUGGACUUCUGGCUCAUGAUGCCGCGCGGAGUACCCCGGAGAUAUCCACAGUGCUCGAUCAUACGUCAAAUGGAACUGUAAAUGGCACGGAAAAUGACUAUCGCAAAUUUAGAAACUUUUUCUUUGCGCGAGCAGAGGAAGAGAACGUGGAUGUCUCGCGUUUAACGCCUUUGGAACGAGCGACGAGAAUCGUGGACCAAGAACAGCCCUCUUUACUUGGAAUUGAGGGAGAGGACAAUAAUGUGCAUGUGCAGGCGCAUCAAUUCGAGGAGCAAUUGUGGCAGUCGGAAAAGCCUAUCCAACUGUUGCCGAGAGAGUAUCUUCUUUUCGAGCAUUUUGUGCGAAGGGUUAGCCAAUGGAUCGAUCUAUUUGAUCCAACAUGCAAAUUCUCCUCAUAUGUACCACAUCUCGCUAUGCGGAACGCUGGCUUAUUAAAUGCCAUUCUAGCCCUUUCAUGCCGCCACAUCUCCCUGAACCCCAGUCUUGCCGCCAGUCCUGAAAUUCCUAACAGCGAUGACCGAUCGUAUCGAGAUCUUGCCUUGCAAUACUACUAUCAAACACUACACUACGUUCAAAAAGCUAUGCAAUAUUCAAGCUACAAAACAAGCUCUGAGCUACUCGCAACGACACUCAUCAUCUCUACAUACGAAAUGCUCAAUGAUUCUUCAAAGGACUGGCAGAGACAUCUCGAAGGAGUUUUUCUUAUCCAGCGCUCUCAAGUCAUACAUGGUGACUCCGGAGGUAUCAAAAGCGCGGUGUGGUGGGCUUGGCUGCGACAGGAUCUCUGGGCUGCAUUCCGCGAGCGAAGGAAAACGCUGACGUUCUGGACACCUAAAAGGCCGUACAGUUCACUGACUCCAUUUGAGCUUGCCGCUAGAUCGGUAUAUGUCACCGCUAAAGUCAUCGAUUACUGUUCUCGAGAGGCUAUGAAUAACAUGACUCUGCAGGAAAGAGUCGAUCAGGCAAGUUAUCUACGUAAGAGUCUGGACGACUGGGAGCAACACUUGACUGUAGAGUUCUCGCCCCUGCCAACUAUGAGUCAUGACAAUGUGUCUAUCUUCUCGCCAAUAUGGAUAUGUGCACCUGCUUUUGGCGUCGCAAUUCAGGUUCAUUGUGUCGGACAGAUACUUCUUUGCACACAUGAGCCCUCAAUGGGCGGACCUGAUCAAUUCAUAAAAACACAGUCAACCGUAAAGCACUGCAUCGAUAUCAUCUGUGGCAUUGCCAUAACCCUCAAUGACGAUGCCUCGAGUCUUAUGUCUUCACAAUGUUUGUACAUCGCUGGAAUGUUCACCCAAGACAUCAACGAGCGCAACUGUAUUCUGGACUUGCUGGACGCACGACGUAAACACAUAAUGGCAUCAACCUGGAAAGACACCAACAUCCACAACCGCAUCCUCCGCAAUGCCGAGGCCAAAGGAUACGGCGUCAUCGCUGCAAUUGCAUACAACAUCGAACAAAUUCUCGGCCUCGUAAAAGCAGCCGUCAAAGCUCGCUCACCACUUAUCAUCCAAUUCUUCCCCUGGGCAAUCGAAGUCUCGGAUGGCCUACUCAUCCGCACUGCCGCCGAGGCCGUGAAACGUGCCAUUGAAGCCGGUGUGCCCAUCUCGAUACAUCUUGAUCACGCACAGUCAGAGGAUAUCAUCAAGCGAGCUACGGAGUUGCCGUUUGAUAGUAUCAUGGUGGACAUGUCGCAUUACGAGAAGGAGGUAAAUCUCAGCAAGACGAAGGCGCUGGUAGAGUAUUGUAAUGCGCGACAGAUUGCGACGGAAGCGGAGCCAGGCCGGAUUGAAGGUGGUGAGGAUGGGGUCAUGGAUACGGCUGGUCUAGAGGCUUGUAUGACUACACCGGAGGAAGUAGAGCAGUUUGUAGCUACGGGCGUUGAUGCGUUGGCGCCUGCGUUUGGGAAUGUGCAUGGUGAAUAUGGACCUGCUGGUCCACGGUUGGACUUUGAGAGAUUUGCCCAAAUCCGAUCAAAUGUCAACGGACGAGUUCGACUCGCAUUGCACGGCACAAACGGUUUCGAGCCUGAUCUAAUGAAGGAAUGUGUAAAGGCUGGCGUUUCGAAGGUUAACGUCAACCGUUUAGUACUGGACGAUUACUACGAACAUCUCUACGCCAACGCCGGAAAAAUGCCGCAUACUCAGUUGAUUGAGGAAGGGAUUGAAAAGGUUGUUGAUUUGACUGUGAGAUGGAUGGAGAUUUGCGGCUCUGCUAGGCAGGCUUAG